AUGGAAGGAGGUAAUCUGGAGGCCCAAAUAGAGGCGUUGUUGAAUGUGGAGAAGCAGAUGAGACUCAACGGCGAUGUGGCCGGAACCAGGAAGGCAGUCACUGAAAUUCUUCAACUGUGCUUCGAAGCUCGUGCUUGGAAAACCCUCAAUGACCAGAUUGUAUUGUUAUCCAAGCGACGUGGUCAAUUGAAGCAGGCAGUAACUGCGAUGGUCCAGCAAGCAAUGCUAUAUAUUGAUGACACACCAGAUCUUGAAACUAAGAUAGAGCUCAUUAAAACCCUUAACAGUGUAUCUGCAGGGAAGAUAUAUGUUGAGAUUGAGAGGGCCCGUUUAGUCAAGAAACUUGCAAAGAUUAAGGAAGGACAAGGGCUUAUAGCUGAGGCUGCUGAUUUGAUGCAAGAAAUUGCGGUGGAAACAUUUGGUGCAAUGGCAAAAACAGAAAAAAUAGCUUUCAUUCUUGAACAAGUUCGUCUAUGUUUAGACCGCCAAGAUUACGUGCGUGCACAAAUCCUCUCAAGAAAGAUAAGUCCAAGAGUUUUUGACGCUGAUACUAAAGAAAAGAAAAAACCCAAAGAGGGUGAAAAUGUUGUAGAAGAGCCUCCAGCUGAGAUACCAUCGCUGUUGGGGUUGAAACGGAUCUACUAUGAAUUAAUGAUAAGAUAUCACUCACAUAGCAAUGACUACCUCGAAAUGUGCCGUUGUUACAAGGCAAUAUAUGAGACGCCCUCUGUCAAAGAAGACCCAGCUCAGUGGAUACCGGCUGCUGUUAAAACAGUUAAUUACUAUGGAGGUCAUUCAGUGGACAGUUUUGUGGAAUAA